GCAGAACAAACACAAACCAUUCUCAAAGUAUUGGAAAAUAAACUGUAGUUUUAUGGACUUUCAAGUUCAAGAAACUUUAAUGGAUUGAUUUUAGAAGCUGUCUGGCUGGUUCGUUAGUUCGUUGAUUGGAUAUGUAUGACUGCAUGUGUACUACCGCUGGUAGGUGGCUGGCUGACUAUUAUUAUGUGAAAAAUUUAGUGUGUCUUUGAGGCUCGUUAAGUGAAGAUCAAUUUUAGUUAUUUGUAAAUAUUUCAUCGAUUGAAAAUGAGAUUUUUAAUUGCCCUAUCAAUAUUCAUAGCAAUUAAUUUAAGCGAAGCGGAUUUAAAUGUUGUCAAUCAGGAAAAUAUUCAGCAAAAUACACAAUUGCCAUCCAAUGGCGUAGCCGUAGAUGAAGUUGUAGUCGAGUCUUCUUUGUAUAUUAAGCCCAAACAACAACGCCCUCAAUUGCGCAGAGUACGUAGAUCCAUUUUAAGCGAUUUCAAUAAUCUUAAAUCGUUGGUUGAACAUAGACGUGUAAAACGCCAAUUUAAUCAAUAUGGUCAAUCACAAGCUGCUGCUAAUGCUGCGGCCCAACAGAACUACAAUAAUCUUUAUGGCUUCGGCAACUCUGCUGCCAACGCUCAAUCUCAGGCCUUCAAUGCUCAAGGACCUUCAGGCGAUUUUGGUGCAUCGGCUGCCGGUUCCCUUACUCAAGCCUUGAAUGGAAAUCGUUAUGGUGUUCAAAAUUCUGCGGGUGCUUCACAUGGUUUAACAUUUAAUUUGCCCAAUGGUCAGUCGGUGAAUUUCGCUUCCACAAAUAGUUUUGCAAAUGGCCCAGGGGGAAAUAAUGCCAACAGUCGUGGUAGUUCUGUUUCCGUUAAUCGAAUUUAAUUAUAUUCAGUUUUAAACUGUGCUUAACUUGGUACUUAAAGAAUUUUUAUAAAAAAAAUUAUGUAUUUCAGUUCAUAACUGUUUUAAUAAAUAAAAAUAAAAAAUGA